UAUCAAUCGUAUGAUUCGUUUCUGUUAUUAUUGUAAACAUUGAGAAGACAUUCAUUUCAAUCACUUCUUCUGCGCUUCCCUUCAAUUGAGUCCACAAUUAAUGAGCAAAACUAUGAAAUCAAUCGUCUUUUUAGCGGUUCUGUCGGUUCUAACCAAUGGUCUGAACGCAUUGCCAACCGUUGCGGACAACACCUCAGCGGACAAGACAUGCAAAUCAUGCACUUCUUUGGUCGCAUUCAUCCAUAAGUUGAAUACAAAUCAAACCAAUCUCUUGGAGAAUGCAUUCGUCAACGUUUGUAACGAUUAUUCUUCACUUCCCGGACAACAAACCACUCAAACAGUAAUCCAUUCAUUAUUUAUUCAU